GGUUCCUAUUUUCUAAAUCCGAAAAACUAAAGUGGAACCUAACCUAAAACUAAAUAUAUACCAUAGUAUCUGAAAUAUAAUUAAUUUACUUAAAAUAUUAAUUAUAUUUAGUUUUAAAAUAAUUAUAUUCAUCUAAGAGUAUAAUUUAUACAAAAUAAUUUCAAAAACCUGAAUUGCCCAAAUAUUUUUUUUUAUUUUUAUUUUGGAUUUAACCCGGAUUUCGGGUUUUUGGUUUUUUGGAUUUAAACCUGAACAAAAUUCAAAUAAUUUCUAUUUCGAUUUUGUUUUGGGGUUUUACAAAAAAAAAAUAGAAAACCAAAGUACGUCAUAUUUGUUUAGGUUCAAAGACACUCUUUGCCCAUUAAACUACAACAAUAAAACUUUUUCUAAAUGGUUACUUUGUUUUCGCUCUAAAAUAGAAUAACUGUAUAAUAAAAUUGUCAUAUAAUCCAAUAGUACUCUAUUUUAUAGUGAAAAAUAGAAUGAUGUAUAAAAAAACAAUUUUCUGUAUAUAGAGUAAACCUAUUUUUUACUAUAUAUAUAGUACUCUAUUAUAGAGUAAAAAAUAAAGUAUUAUUGAAGUAUUUUUACUAUAAAUUAUAUUUCAGAAUCGAAAAUGAAGUGGAGUUGGAAAUGUCCUAAAAGGUAUCUCAAAUAGUACAACCAAUAUUUUUUUUCUAUAUUUCUAAAAUAAAUUAACUCUAUUAUAUAGUGAACCAUUGGAGCAAAUCCAACUUUAUAAUAUAUUUACUCUAUUUUAGUGUGAAAUAUAGAGGGAAGUUUUGUAUUUUAUUGAAGAUGGUCUUAUUCUAUAUUUAGACCAUCUCCACUGGUGUGUUCUAUUUUUUACUUUAAAUAGAGUAACUUUAUAAUAGAGUUUGAGUUUGCUUCAAUAGUACUCUAUUUUAGAGUAAAAAAUAGUGUGAUGAACAAAAAAAAUUACUCUAUAUUUGAAGUAAAAUUAUUUUUGACUCUAUUAUAGAGUAAAAAAUAGAGUAUCAUUAGAGCAUUUUUACUCUAAACUAUAUUUUCGAGUGAAAAAUAGAGUGGAAUUAGAUAUGUCCCUAGAGUUAAAAAAUAACAUUACUCUAUAUUCACUCUAUUGAACCAUUGGAGCAAAUCUAGCUCUAUAAUAAAAUUAUUUUAUUUUAGUGAAAUAUAGAAAAAAAUAUUGUGUACCAUUAGAAAUGGUCUAAGAGCAGCUGUGAUAAUCCUUGUGUACCAUUGAACCAUUUUUUUUUACAAAACUUUAGUUAGAAAUUUAAGGCUCUUUUAAAAUAAAGUAUAACUCGUUUUAAAAAACUAAUAACGUUAUUCAUAUAAGUAUAACAUUGAACCGGGCCUGUCCAAAAUGACAUCUAAAAAAACCCUUAGCUAUAUGCAACUUGUGGUGAUUGUAUAUUGCAAUCAAAAUCUCCUCAUAAUUCUCACAAGCAUCCGGUGUUCUCUACAAAUACUUAAUCAAUCCUAAUAAUCCUCACAAGCAACCUCUGUUUUCUAAAUUACCCACAAACAUCUCACUAAGAAUCAAUUGAACAAGAGAAAAUCUUGAACAAAUUGGGGUUUUAAAGAGUUAUUUCGAAAUUAGAUAGAAAAGUACAAGGAUAGAAGAAAUACUUAAAAAAGAAGAUUACAUCGAUACCACUUACACAAUAACCAGGUAAUAAUAAUAUUAUGAAACCAAACCUAAGAAACGCAUUACAUAUUAUACUCCUAAAAUAAACACUAAAACCAUAUAAAAGCAAAACUAAAGACAUGUUUAUCUUUCCCCUUGAAAAAAUAAGAGAGAUUCGAAACACGUUUUCAUAACGAAGAUUCGAAACACGUUUUCAUAACGAAGAUUCGAAACACAUUCAUUACAUUGACACUGGUUGAAUCAAUCAAAUAUCCAAGUGUAAAAUUCUGAUCAUUUUCCAAUAAGCUGAACAUUCCAAACUCUUCUUCAGGUGGUUAUAUCACAGAUAAAAUGGACAAGACUAUGCAUCUCAAAUUCAUGUCUUUACCGUUGGAAAGACCAACGAGGAUAAAGUUGUCCCGGGGAUGGAUCACAAAGGCGAGAGAAAUAUACUCGACAUCCAGGCAGGUAUCUAGAGAUUGUAACCCGAUAUAUUUAUUCAUUCUGUUUCACAAGAGAUAACUCCUUUUGACAUUCUAUAAAAAAAUUCUACAAGUGUAUAUAUCUUUUGGUAUACUAAUUAUUCAGCUCUGUGGAGUUAGAGGCAAUAUUAAGGCUCCUGCCGAGGCAUUGUUCUGGCAACCAAGAAAAAGUCUAACGUUCAUACUAACCUUUGAGUCAGAACAAGAACAUAAUACAGUCAUAACCCUUACUCGAAAAUACGAUUUCGAUUGCAAUGUAAGCAAAACUAUCCUAAAUGUAAAAUAUUUCUGUUCAAAUGCCAUUCUCAGACUCUGAAAAUCACUAUGGUUUUAAACUUGAUAAAGUUAUAGAUCUAUGGGAUUUACUUGACAGGCUUGCUUAUAUCUGCAGGUUACACUGCUUGGGCCAGAUGAUAAAACAAAUGAUGAACAAGACAUUGCCAUUAACCACAACCAUCUGACUUUUUCUUUGUUUUGUGUGUUGUUUUUUUCACACUGGGGUUCAAAGAAGGAAGUUGCAAGUUUGGCUUCUCAUUCAUCAUCGGAUGUUGCUAGGCAUCAGUUUUUUUUUUCUUUUACCAAAUCAUCAGUUUGACAUGGUAUCUAUUUCUGAUUUGUUUUGGUUGUUUGCUUGUUUUUUUAUCUGAUGAUAGGAAUUAUAGGACGCAACAUUGUUAACCAUACGAGUGCUCUCUCUGUUUACACAAACUCGUUUGUUAACACAUUUUCUAAAUAGUUUCUCCGUUUAAAAAUUCAGUAGUAAAGAAAGUGUGAAUUUGUCCCGAAUCUUUCCUCGUUACUUCAUCACCUUUAGUAUAAUAAUAAUAACGGUUCAAUAAACGAGAACCCCCAACUUCUUUUAAAAAGGAAAUCCCUUUCUCUUUCCCUCCUUUAUGCAAUCAUAAAAAGAGGUUUCAAGAAGACAGCGAGUGAGAAAGAGACAGCUUAGAGAGAAAGCGAUAGUUCGUUCACUCUUCGCUUUCUGAAGAAUCUCAAAACCCCAAAACGUCUUGAGAGUGAAUACACUCACAACUCUUCUUUUCUUAGCAAAAAAACAAAACAAAAAUGAAGAAACUUGUUCAUCUUCAGUUUCUGUUUCUUGUCAAGAUCUUUGCUACUCAAUUCCUCACUCCUUCUUCAUCAUCUUUUGCUGCUUCAAAUCCUUCUAUAGCUCCUGUUUAUACCUCCAUGACUACUUUCUCUCCAGGAAUUCAAAUGGGAAGUGGUGAAGAACACAGAUUAGAUGCACAUAAGAAACUUCUGAUUGGUCUUAUAAUCAGUUCCUCUUCUCUUGGUAUCAUAAUCUUGAUUUGCUUUGGCUUCUGGAUGUACUGUCGCAAGAAAGCUCCCAAACCCAUCAAGAUUCCGGAUGCUGAGAGUGGGACUUCAUCAUUUUCAAUGUUUAUGAGGCGGCUAAGCUCAAUUAAAACUCACAGAACAUCUAGCAAUCAGGGUUAUGUGCAGCGUUUCGAUUCCAAGACGCUAGAGAAAGCGACAGGCGGUUUCAAAGACAGUAAUGUAAUCGGACAGGGCGGUUUCGGAUGCGUUUACAAGGCUUCUUUGGACAGCAACACUAAAGCAGCGGUUAAAAAGAUCGAAAACGUUACCCAAGAAGCAAAACGAGAAUUUCAGAAUGAAGUUGAGCUGUUGAGCAAGAUCCAGCACUCCAAUAUUAUAUCAUUGUUGGGCUCUGCAAGUGAAAUCAACUCGAGUUUCGUCGUUUAUGAGUUGAUGGAGAAAGGAUCCUUAGAUGAUCAGUUACAUGGACCUUCGUGUGGAUCCGCUCUAACAUGGCAUAUGCGUAUGAAGAUUGCUCUAGAUACAGCUAGAGGACUAGAGUAUCUCCAUGAACAUUGUCGUCCACCGGUGAUCCACAGAGACUUGAAAUCUUCUAAUAUUCUUCUUGAUUCUUCCUUCAAUGCCAAGAUUUCAGAUUUUGGUCUGGCUGUAUCGGUUGGAGUGCAUGGGAGUAACAACAUUAAACUCUCUGGGACACUUGGUUAUGUUGCCCCGGAAUAUCUCCUAGACGGAAAGUUGACGGAUAAGAGUGAUGUCUAUGCAUUUGGGGUGGUUCUUCUUGAACUUUUGUUGGGUAGAAGGCCGGUUGAGAAAUUGAGUCCAUCUCAGUGUCAAUCUCUUGUGACUUGGGCAAUGCCACAACUUACCGAUAGAUCGAAACUCCCAAACAUCGUGGACCCGGUUAUAAAAGAUACAAUGGAUCUUAAGCACUUAUACCAGGUAGCAGCCAUGGCUGUGCUGUGCGUACAGCCAGAACCGAGUUACCGGCCGCUGAUAACCGAUGUUCUUCACUCACUUGUUCCAUUGGUUCCGGUAGAGCUAGGAGGGACUCUCCGGUUAACCCGAUGAUUGAUGAUGGGCAACUUCCAAAUACAUAGUUAUAGUUUGCCUCGUUUUAUCUUUGUAUAGUAUUAUCAUCCGAACAUCUCAAAAGUUUGGGGGUGUAAGAAUGUGAGAAUAGAAGUCUAUUAGGGUUGUUGAGUAUAUAAAUUGUUUUAUAAAUUCCCACAUCACGUUUUAUGACUAGUGUGUAUUUUUUUUUGUGUAUUCGAAAUGUAGAGACUGAUGAGAGUUUGUUUUUGAAAGUGUAGUAUAUUAACUCUCGUAAGAGUAAUAGUUAGGAUUGC